AAGAAUUUUUCGAGGUUUACAGCUGCAGCUGAUGCGUUCGGUCACUGGAUAAUUUUGGAACAACGUUUAUGGAAUCUCCACGUCAAAUCCGGAAUCAGCUUGGGAAAAUCACGCACAGUAGUAUAGUAUUGAAUUAGAAUUUAAAAAUGUCUCGUUCAAUGCUCUCUAUUUUUUUCACGUUCGCUGCGUUGUUAAUAUUGCACGAAUGCGAGGCACAUAAUAAAUAUUCAGCAGAGGCUAAUAAAAAAUCGCCAGUUAAAACAGAUGAAGUUGAAGCAAUCAUAAGCAAUGUUCCAAAAUCGCUUCGAGAUUUGGAGACACCCUAUCGAAUGGCAAAGUUGAAUCGGCUUUGGACAAAAGCUAAGGAGCACGGUUUGCCAGACUCAAAACUCCAAUCGCUAUUCAGUGAUUUGAAAAUCCAUGACAAGGAAGAGAUCGCUCUUAAACAUUUAAAGGCCGACGGAGGAGAUGAAGAUGGCCUUGAGGAGAAUAGAAUGAGAAAAAAAUUAAUGGGAAUCAUGAGCACUUAUGGUCUUUUGAAACAUUUUGCCGACACUGGUCAUUCAAAAUUGCCAAAACAUCAUAAACCACUCAACGAUGGAUCAAAUUAUGUUGCAAAGGAUAUUUUUGAUGACCAAAGAUUGAAUAUGCUCUGGGCAAAAGCGGAAAGAGCUGGUUUCGAUUCUGACGAACUACAAGCUCUCAAAGAAGAAUUCACUCACCAUCAAAACAAGGUCGAUGAAUAUAAAAGUUUACUCGAAGACGUCAAAGCCGGAGAUCCAGAAAAAUACAAAAACAGUUUAGAUGAAGAACAUGAAAGUUGGAAUGAGAUAGACCACAAGGAAGAGAGCAACGCAAUACCUGAGAAGAAAAAGCUUGAUUUUAUCAGCAAAGCUAAUCUGUUACGAGAAAAAAUCGUUGAGAUUAAGAGUGGAUACGAUCACCUUGAAGAGCAAACUUCUAGAGGGCCGAAUCACAAAGAAUUCACCGAGCGAAAGGUUCAAGAUCUUUGGGCAACAGCUCAAAAGGCAAAGUUCUCGAAAGACGAAUUAGAAUCUCUAAAGGAGGAACUUCAUCACUACGAGACUCGCUUACGGAAGCUUCAUCAUCUUCAUACCGAAGCAGCCCUCGAAGCUGCCCGCAACGGUAAAACUUAUGAUCUUGACAAUUCGACUGAUCAUCAUAAGAUAAAAAAGCACGCGAGAUCCGUGGAGAAAUUGCACAUAGAUAUUGAAACGAGAAUUUUACAAAAACACACAGAUUUAUAAAUUUUUUCGCAAUUACUAUGAGCUAAGGAAAAAAAAACUUGUAAAGUCACAAGACAUAAUUGUCAGAAAUAUACAUAGAGAAAAGAUCUUUAUAAUUUAAACUAAUCGAGUUGCUGCCGCGUCUCUUAGUAUAAAUUGAUUUCAAAAAAUUAUAUAUUUUUAUCGCAAUUAUUUUGUAAACAGAAAUAAAGUUUUAAAAUGAACAAAAA